GCGUAGAGGGGCGGAGGCCCGCAGGGGCACCACGUGGGGGCUGCCGGCGCCGAGCUCGGGCGGGCGUGCGGCUUGGGGUCUCGGUUGGAGUCGGAGCGGUGGCGAUGCGGAAGGAAACGCCGCCCCCCCUGGUGCCCCCCGCGGCCCGCGAGUGGAGCCUCCCCCCUAACGCGCCCGCCUGCAUGGAACGGCAGUUGGAGGCUGCGCGCUACCGGUCGGACGGGGCGCUCCUGCUUGGCGCCUCCAGCCUCAGCGGCCGCUGCUGGGCCGGCUCCCUCUGGCUCUUCAAGGACCCCUGCGCCGCCCCCAACGAAGGCUUCUGCUCCGCCGGAGUGCAGACGGAGGCCGGAGUGGCCGACCUCGCGUGGGUUGGGGACAGAGGUAUCCUGGUGGCCUCCGACUCGGGUGCUGUUGAAUUGUGGGAGCUGGACGAGAACGAGACACUCAUUGUCAGCAAGUUCUGCAAGUAUGAGCAUGAUGACAUCGUGUCUACAGUCAGUGUCCUGAGCUCUGGCACGCAGGCUGUCAGCGGUAGCAAAGACUUCUGCAUCAAAGUUUGGGACCUUGCCCAGCAGAUGGUACUGAGUUCAUACCGGGCUCACUCUGGGCAGGUCACCUGUGUCGCAGCCUCUCCCCACAAGGAUUCCGUGUUCCUUUCAUGCAGUGAGGACAACAGAAUUUUACUCUGGGAUACCCGCUGUCCCAAGCCAGCAUCACAGAUGGGCUGCACUGCCUCUGGCUACCUUCCUACCUCCCUGGCUUGGCAUCCUCAGCAGAGUGAAGUCUUUGUUUUUGGUGAUGAGAGUGGGACCGUCUCCCUGGUGGACACCAAGAGUGCAAGUUGUGCCCUCAGCUCAGCCGUGAACUCCCAGUGUGUCACUGGGCUGGUGUUCUCCCCACACAGUGUUCCCUUCCUGGCCGCUGUCAGUGAGGACUGCUCACUCGCUGUGCUGGACUGUGGCCUUUCUGAGGUGUUUAGAAGCCGAGCCCACAGAGACUUUGUGAGAGAUGCUACGUGGUCCCCGCUCAAUCACUCCCUCCUUACCACAGUAGGCUGGGAUCAUCAGGUCAUCCACCACAUCCUGCCCACAGAGCCUCUCCCAGCCCUUGGACCUAAGAGUGUUGCCGAGUAGAUUGGAUUUAAGACAAAAAGCGAAUCCCCCAUGAGUAUCCCUUUGCCCCUGCCCUCUCAGCCUGUGAGACCACACAGGAGCCUUACAGUAUGCUCUACACCAGAUCUGGGCAGUUAAUAGGCAUUGUCUCUUGGCCUGAGGGACGCUGGAUUCUGGGAUCCUGUAGUCAUAGGGAAGACCAGCGUUCUUAAAAUUGGAUAUGUAGGUGUGUCUGAGUGUGUGUCUGUAGAUACAUAGUUAUUGGCGGUGGGAGGAAUUAAGUCCAUCUUAACGUCUUUCCAAGUUCUCCCCCCACCAAAAAAAAAAAAAAAAAAAAAACCCACAAAGUUCACAAAAGGGUUUUAUGCUUCCUAUGUAGCUGUGCAUGAGGAAGUGGCCAUGACUAGAUGAGGUAUGGGAUGUGGGGCAUCCCUGGAUUCUUGGAAGCAGCUUAUAUACUACUCAUGGAGAUGGGAGCAACUUUAUUUUUUAUAGAACUUAGUCUGCCUUUUUCAUGGCAGUGCUUCAUUCACAAAAAUCCUGCCCAGCUCAUCUCAAGGAAGAGCCAGGACACUCAUCAUAGUUUUGCACAUCUCUUUGCCAUUAAACGGAGUAAAAAAUGCA